CCCUGCAUUUCCUUUCACAGACUGAUAGCCUUUUACAGUGGGAACAUGAAAGUGAAACCACAUUGAGAAAUUGUUCCAUGAGUCUGUGAACGCUAUGGCAUCUAAAUCUUUCUCUGAAGAGGAUUUCUCCUGUCCUGUGUGCUGUGAAAUCUUCAAGGAUCCUGUCGUCCUCUCCUGUAGUCACAGCAUCUGUAAAGUUUGUCUGCAGCAGUUCUGGAACACCAAAGGAUCCAGAGAAUGUCCUGUCUGCAGGAGGAGAUCAUCAAUGGAUCACCCACCAGUCAGCCUAACAUUGAAAAACCUGUGUGAGACCUUCUUACGGGAGAGAAGUCAAAGAGCUGCAGCAGGGUCUGAGGUGCUCUGCAGCCUGCACAGUGAGAAACUCAAGCUCUUCUGUCUGGAGGAUAAACAGCCUGUAUGUGUGGUGUGUCAGACCUCAAAACUACACAGAGGCCACAACUUCAAUCCCAUCGAUGAAGCUGCACUUGACAUUAAGGAGGAACUCAAGAUCAAACUAUUGUCCCUGCAAGAGAAACUGAAGACAUUCGAAGAGGAUAAACUCACCUGUGACCAAAUAACAGCUCACAUACAGACUCAGGUAUUCAACACAGAGAAGCAGAUCAAGGAGGAGAUUGAGAAGCUUCACCAGUUUCUACGAGAUGAAGAGGCAACCAGGAUAGCUGCACUGAGGGAGGAAGAGGAGCAGAAGAGUAAGAUGAUGAAAGAGAAGAUUGAGAAAAUGACCAGAGAGAUGUCAUCUCUUUCAGACACAAUCAAAGCCAUAGAGGAGGGGAUGGAAGCUGAUGAUGUCACAUUCCUGCAGAAUUACAAGAGCACAGUGGAAAGAGCCCAGUGCACACUGCAGGAUCCAGAGAGGCUUUCAGGAGCUCUGAUCAAUGUGGCAAAGCACCUGGGCAACCUGAAGUUCAGAGUCUGGGAGAAGAUGCAGAAGAUUGUACAAUACACUCCUGUCACUCUGGAUCCCAACACAGCAAAAGCCAAUCUCAUCAUGUCUGAGGAUCUGACCAGUGUGAGACGUGGUGAUGAGAUACAGUUACAGCUUCCUGAUAAUCCAGAGAGAUUUGAUAAGUUUGCCAGUGUGGUAGGCUCUGAGGGCUUUAACUCAGGGACACACUGCUGGGAUGUGGAGGUAGGGGAGAACACACGGUGGAUUGUGGGUGUGGUGACAGAGUCUCUCCAGAGGAAGGGAAAGAACACCUCCAUGAGUGGACUGUGGUUUGUGUGGUAUAAAGAUAGUAAAUAUAGUGCAUGUGCCUCACCACAGCCUGACACUCUCCUCACAGUGCAGCAGAAACUCCAGAGGAUCAGAGUGCAGCUGGACUGGGACAGAGGAAAGCUGUCAUUCACCAACCCUGAUAGUAACACACACAUACACACUUUCACACACUCUUUCACAGAGAGAGUGUUUCCAUACUUUAAUAUCGCCAGUAAUGCCUGUCCUCUGAGGAUGCUACCAGUGAAGGCCUCAGUAAGAGUAGAGCAGCACAGCUCAUAACUGUCACAUCACAUAGUUCCAUCUCACAACCAAAAUGACAUCACACACACACACACACACA